CAGACAAAAAACGACGUGGUUUUGUUCCAGAAUAAAAACUGUGUCGUUUCCUAUGCCGUCUCACUCUACAACCCCAAUCCAUUUCCAAACCCUACUCUCAACUCUCUCUUCAACUUUCAUCUUCGCAGCUUCAAAGGAAUUAGGGUUUUCACUGGAGAGGAAUGCACGGACAUUUGAAGGAACCAAGAGGUCGAUUUGAGACUUAAAGAUGUAUUUCCUCCAAACCUUGUUUGGGUGGGCAAAUCCUUUGGGGAAUUUUCUUUUUUAAAGAGCUUUUGAGGAGCAGAUGGCGUCAACUUUUACAGCCAUGUCUUCAGUUGGCUCCUUGGCUGCUCCAGGUUGCCGUGUUAUGGACAAGAAAUUUGCUUCUUCUUCAGACAAGUUAUCAUCUUCUGCUUCCAUUUCUUCGUUCUCAUUUGCUAGGAGACAAAAUGUGAUGUCACAAAGAAAUCGCUCUCCCAAGAUUUGUGCCAUGGCAAAGGAAUUGCAUUUCAACAAGGACGGCUCAGCUAUUAAGAAGCUUCAAACUGGUGUGAACAAGCUUGCGGAUUUAGUUGGGGUUACUCUUGGUCCAAAAGGACGGAAUGUUGUUCUGGAAAGCAAGUAUGGCUCCCCAAAAAUUGUUAACGAUGGUGUUACUGUGGCUAAAGAGGUUGAGUUGGAGGACCCAGUUGAGAACAUUGGUGCUAAGUUAGUGAGGCAAGCGGCUGCAAAGACUAAUGAUUUGGCUGGUGAUGGAACAACAACGUCUGUUGUUCUCGCACAAGGUCUUAUUGCUGAGGGUGUCAAGGUGGUAGCUGCUGGUGCAAACCCUGUUUUAAUUACUCGAGGCAUUGAGAAGACCACAAAAGCUCUUGUGUCUGAGCUUAAGUUGAUGUCAAAGGAGGUUGAAGACAGCGAGCUGGCUGAUGUAGCAACAGUUAGUGCCGGAAACAACUAUGAAGUAGGAAAUAUGAUAGCUGAAGCCAUGAGUAAGGUGGGUCGUAAGGGUGUGGUGACCCUAGAAGAGGGAAAAAGUGCUGAGAACAGCCUUUAUGUUGUUGAAGGAAUGCAAUUUGAUCGUGGUUACAUUUCACCUUACUUUGUCACAGAUAGUGAGAAAAUGGCAGUUGAAUAUGAUAAUUGCAAGUUGCUUCUUGUUGAUAAGAAAAUAACAAAUGCAAGGGAUCUUAUUAACGUGCUUGAGGAUGCUAUCAGAGGUGGAUACCCAAUUGUGUUAAUUGCAGAAGACAUUGAACAAGAAGCUCUAGCAACUUUGGUUGUGAACAAGCUGAGGGGUGCUCUGAAGAUUGCUGCACUGAAAGCUCCUGGUUUUGGAGAGCGCAAGAGCCAGUACCUUGAUGACAUUGCUAUUCUCACUGGAGGAACUGUAAUCAGGGAAGAGGUGGGGCUUACGUUAGACAAAGCUGAGAAGGAGGUACUUGGCCAUGCUUCUAAGGUGGUGCUUACCAAGGAUACUGCUACAAUUGUCGGUGAUGGAAGCACACAGGAAGCAGUAAACAAGAGAGUUGCGCAGAUUAGAAAUCUUAUUGAGGCUGCAGAGCAAGAUUACGAGAAGGAAAAACUGAAUGAAAGGAUUGCAAAAUUGUCAGGUGGAGUUGCUGUGAUCCAGGUUGGUGCACAAACUGAGACAGAGCUCAAAGAAAAGAAACUGAGAGUCGAAGAUGCUCUUAAUGCAACAAAGGCUGCUGUUGAGGAAGGUAUUGUAGUCGGCGGUGGAUGCACCCUGCUCAGACUUGCAUCAAAGGUGGAUGCUAUCAGGGACAGCCUUGACAAUGAUGAAGAAAAGGUUGGAGCAGAUAUUGUCAAAAGAGCUUUGAGUUACCCUUUGAAAUUGAUUGCCAAGAAUGCUGGUGUUAAUGGAAGCGUGGUUAGCGAGAAGGUGCUUUCCAGUGACAAUUUUAAAUAUGGAUAUAAUGCGGCCACAGGAAAAUAUGAAGAUUUAAUGGCUGCCGGAAUUAUUGAUCCAACUAAGGUGGUUAGAUGUUGCCUUGAGCAUGCUUCCUCAGUGGCAAAAACAUUCUUGAUGUCAGAUUGUGUAGUUGUUGAAAUCAAGGAGCCUGAACAAGUGCCUGCUGGCAACCCCAUGGACAACUCAGGAUAUGGCUACUGAGGUUGAUUGACAAUAGAGCUUUCUAAUCGGCAUUAUGAGAUGCAAAGGGAAAGUGAGAAGUGCAACCUGUGUGGUUAGCUAAAGAGAUGUUAGUUUUAUAGUAGCAGAUGAGCAGACUAAACUAAAUAGUAGCAGAUGAGCAGACUAACUUUUUUUUUUUUUUUUUUUUUUUUUGUAAAUUUAAUUAUUUGACAGCAAAAGAAAUAACAGUCUAGUGAGGUCAGCUUGCUGGAGUAUGGCAUGUUUUCAAGGUUUGAGAGUUAGGGCUGGCUCAUAGGCUUAGGCCAUUGCCUAGGGCCCCCAAUUAGAAAAUGGCCCCAAGUUCUGAGAGUAAUGCCAUUUACAUGAAUAAUCUUAGGCCCUUAAUGCUUUCGACUUGUGGGAGAUUUCCGGCAUGAUGAUUGUCACUAUUCUCCUUUUUGUUCAACUUGGCAUUGAAUUGUUUUUGCACA